GAACUUGAUUGCUACUGCUUGCAGCGAUGUAGCUUAAUCUAUAAUUUUAUUUUAUUUGUUUACAUCAUUUGACAGAAGUUUGUACAUAUAAAGAUCUGAACAACCUUCUUCUAGUUCCGCUGACUCGAGUAGUAUUGGUUGUGAUAACGUAAUCAAAAAUUGAACUGAAAAUAUGGGAGAGUUUCGCAGAAGAUCAACUAAUUCUUCAGAGGAAAACGUCACUCAAAAGAAUCAUCAGCAUAAUUUUAUUAACAAACUCCUAUCUGAUAUUAGGAAAUUUUACGACUUUCAGUUUAAUGAAAUUAAAUGGAUGAAUGAAAAACCUCAGAAUCGUAAAGCUUAUGAACCGACAGAGAUUGAACACAUUGCUAAUAUUGUCACUCAUGGAUUUUGGAUUCUACCAUCUGCGUAUGCUGCGUUUUUACUUCUUUUCCGUUCUAAAAAUCAGGAUCAAGUGAUGGUUGCCCUUAUUUAUGGAUCAGCUUUGACUUUACUUUUCUGCAUUAGUACUGCUUUCCAUUGUGUCUUUUAUUGUAAGAAAAACUUGUUGCUUAAAGACAUUUUACAUCGAAUGGAUCGUGCUAUGAUUUAUAUCUUCAUUGCUGGCUCUUACUUUCCUUGGUUGAACUUGGGACAUACUCAACAUCCGUACAUAGUUUAUGUUCUUAAAUGGCUAAUUUGGAUUCUAGCUGCGCUUGGAAUUAUUUACCAACAGAUAUUUCAUGAGAAGUAUAAAAGUUUGGAAACAAUUUUCUACGCGUUAAUCGCAAUUGGACCGGCAACUGUCGUUAUACUUUAUGGACAUGAAUUCGUAGGAAUGGCUGAAUUAAAAAUCGGCGGUCUCUUGUAUUUGGUUGGUGUGUUCUUUUUUAAAGCUGAUGGUCAUUUAUCUUGUGCACAUGCAAUUUGGCACUUAUUUGUUGUUCUUGCUGCUAGUAUUCACUAUUUUGCGAUACUCAGAUAUUUGUUUUCUGAUCAAUACUCUCACGAUCAUGCGACUAUGACUAUGAAUACUUAGGACUUUUAAUGAAUCUCUUCAAAAUCUCUAAAUUGUCGUUCCCAAAAAUACUCAAAAUCAAGACUUAUUCCUUAUUUAUGUAUUAUUUUAGUUAAAACUUUUAAAUUUGAAGUCACGUAGACUUUAACAGAAAAUUCUACCAAAAAAAUUGAUUUGUGAUAAUUAACUAAAAUAUUUUCGGAUCUUUUAUUUUCCUAAUUUUUAACAACAUUUAUGAUCUGUAAGCUAUUUAUAUUUUAAUUUUAUCAUCAAGCAUUAUGAUAUUGUUCCUUAUCUCCUGCCAAAUCCCAAAUAAUGUGAAAUGUUACCUUAAAAACAAGAAUAUUUUAUCAAUCUUCCACAGUAGAAAUUUUUGGAGUUCAAAUAUAUUUCUGAAAUGACAUGAUUUAUACUUUAAUGAACCAUUCUCAGUGCAUAUGAAAACCAUGAGUACAAUAAAACCCAUUUAAUUAAAAUAUA